GGUUUGGUGAUGUUUCAUUCCCACUUUUUUUCAAACAAAAUAUAUUCUAGAAAUAUUACAAAACCCCCGAGCACGCUAAGUAAUUGUCCCUCUCUUUUCCAAGGAGUUUGAGAAGUCGUCUGUCGUGUCAGUGCGUCGGCUGCUUCGUUGGCUUGUGAAGUAGUUACCAGUGCCAUCAUGUCCCGCUUUGAUGCGAAUGAGUUCGGGGAGGCUGGUCCGUUUUUACGCAAAACCGACCUGGAGUUGCUGGCUGCGCAGACCGUCGCAUUUGAUGGUAAAAAGCGAGCAUGGGUUCCAGACGAAAGGGAGGCUUACAUCGAGGUUGAGAUCAAGCAGUUAGUCGGAGACAAAUUCAUCGUGGAGUCCAGAGACCGAAGGUCUCUCACAGUGAAGGAGGAGGACAUCCAGCAGAUGAAUCCUCCUAAGUAUGACAUGAUCGAGGACAUGGCCAUGCUGACACACCUCAACGAAGCCUCGGUGCUCUUCAACCUGCGCAGGCGUUACGCGGCCUGGAUGAUCUACACCUACUCUGGGCUGUUCUGUGUGACCGUGAACCCGUACAAAUGGCUGCCAGUGUACACCGCCCCGGUUGUCGCUGCCUACAAAGGCAAGCGCCGUGCUGAAGUCCCUCCCCACAUCUACUCCAUCGCCGACAACGCCUACAACGACAUGCUCCGCAAUCGGGAGAAUCAGUCCAUGCUCAUCACCGGAGAAUCCGGUGCUGGCAAAACUGUCAACACGAAACGUGUCAUUCAGUAUUUUGCCAUUGUAGCGGCUCUUGGGGAAGCAGCUGCUAAGAAAGGAGGGACAUUGGAGGACCAGAUCAUUGAGGCUAACCCCGCCAUGGAGGCAUUUGGCAAUGCCAAAACGCUGAGGAACGACAACUCGUCCCGUUUUGGCAAGUUCAUAAGGAUCCACUUUGGGACCAGUGGAAAACUAGCUUCGGCAGAUAUUGAUAUAUAUCUUCUGGAAAAAUCCAGGGUUAUAUUUCAGCAGCCUGGGGAGAGGAGCUAUCACAUCUAUUACCAGAUCAUGUCCCAGAAGAAACCAGAACUUUUAGACAUGCUGUUGGUGUCCACCAACCCAUACGACUACCACUUCUGCUCCCAGGGUGUGACCAUUGUGGAGAGCAUGGAUGAUGGGGAAGAGCUCAUGGCCACCGAUAACGCCAUGGACAUCCUGGGGUUCACUCCGGAUGAGAAGUACGGCUGCUAUAAGAUAGUCGGGGCUAUCAUGCACUUCGGCAACAUGAAGUUCAAGCAGAAGCAGCGCGAGGAGCAGGCAGAGGCAGAUGGCACUGAAAGUGCCGACAAAGCCUCCUACCUGAUGGGAGUCAGUUCAGCGGACCUCCUCAAGGGUCUCCUACACCCCAGGGUGAAAGUGGGGAAUGAGUAUGUGGUCAAGGGACAGAGCAUGGAACAGGUGAACUAUUCCGUUGGAGCUCUGGCCAAAGCCACUUAUGACCGUAUGUUCAAAUGGCUGGUGGGACGCAUCAACAAGACCCUGUACACGUCUCUGCCUCGCCAGUACUUCAUCGGAGUGCUGGAUAUAGCAGGCUUCGAGAUCUUUGAGCUCAACAGCUUUGAGCAGCUGUGCAUCAACUUCACCAAUGAGAAACUGCAACAGUAUUUCAACCAUCACAUGUUCAUCCUGGAGCAGGAGGAGUACAAACGUGAGUGCAUCGAGUGGACCUUCAUUGACUUUGGACUCGACCUACAGGCCUGCAUUGACCUCAUAGAGAAGCCCCUCGGGAUCAUGUCCAUCAUGGAAGAGGAAUGCAUGUUCCCCAAGGCUACUGACGCCAGCUUUAAGGCCAAGUUGUACGAUAACCACAUUGGGAAGUCGGCUAACUUCCAGAAGCCGCGGCCCGAUAAGAAGCGCAAAUAUGAGACCCACUUUGAGCUGAUACACUACGCUGGAGUGGUGCCAUACAAUAUCGUUGGGUGGCUGGACAAAAACAAGGACCCGUUAAAUGAGACAGUGGUGGCAUGCUUCCAAAAGUCCUCCAACAAGCUGCUGGCCUGCCUUUAUGAGAACUACGUUAACUCGGACUCAGACCAAAGGACUGGAGGAAAAGAGAGAAGGAAGAAGGCUGCAUCUUUCCAGACUGUGUCACAGCUACAUAAGGAGAACCUGAACAAGCUGAUGACUAACCUUCGCUGCACCCAGCCGCACUUUGUACGUUGCAUUAUCCCCAAUGAGACCAAGACCCCAGGAAUCAUGGACGCCUUCCUGGUGCUGCACCAGCUCCGCUGCAACGGUGUGCUGGAGGGCAUCAGGAUCUGCAGGAAGGGAUUUCCCAACCGCAUGAUUUACGCGGAGUUCAAACAGCGCUAUCGCAUCCUGAACCCGCAUGCGAUCCCUGACGAUAAGUUUGUGGACAGCAGAAAAGGAGCAGAGAAACUGCUGUGGUCCCUUGAGGUCGAUCACAGCCAGUACAAAUUCGGACUCACCAAGGUGUUCUUCAAGGCUGGUCUGCUGGGGCUACUGGAGGAGAUGAGGGAUGAACGUCUGGCCAAGGUGCUCACAAUGCUCCAGGCCUUCAGCCGAGGCAUGAUCAUGCGAAAGGAGCUCCAGAAAAUGAUGACCAGGAAGGAGGCCCUGAUGGUGAUCCAGUGGAACAUUCGGGCCUUCAACGCGGUGAAGCACUGGCCGUGGAUGAAGCUCUUCUUUAGAAUCAAACCUCUGCUGAAAAGCGCCGCCACAGAGAAGGAGAUGGCUACUCUGAAGGAGGAGUUGGCCCGGCUGAAGACGGCCCUGGAGAAGUCAGAGGCCAAACGUAAAGAGCUGGAGGAGAGGCAGGUCAGCCUGAUCCAAGAGAAGAAUGACCUCUCUCUGCAACUGCAGGCGGAGCAAGACAACUUGGCGGAUGCGGAGGAACGCUGUGACCUCCUGAUCAAGUCUAAGAUCCACUUAGAGGCAAAGGUCAAGGAGCUCAUGGAGAGACUGGAGGAAGAAGAGGAGACGAACGCUGUCAUGCUUGUCAAGAAACGCAAGCUGGAGGAUGAGUGCGCUGAGCUGAAGAAGGACAUUGAUGACUUGGAGAUCACCCUGGGCAAGGUGGAGAAAGAGAAACACGCCACUGAGAACAAGGUGAAGAACCUGAUCGAGGAGUUGUCAGCUCUGGAUGAUAUCAUCCUGAAGCUGACCAAGGAGAAAAAGGCUCUGCAAGAGGCCCAGCAGCAGACAUUAGAUGACCUGCAGGCAGAGGAGGACAAGGUCAACACUUUGACCAAGGCCAAGGCCAAGCUGGAACAGACAGUAGAUGAUUUGGAAGGCUCUUUGGAGCAAGAGAAGAAAGUGCGUUUAGACCUGGAACGAACCAAGCGCAAGCUGGAGGGGGACCUGAAGCUUUCCCUGGAGUCUGUCAUGGACAUGGAGAAUGACAAGCAGCAACUUCAAGAGAAGCUGAAGAAGAAAGACUUUGAGAUGAACCAGAUUAGCUCUAAGAUUGAGGAUGAACAAGUUUUGACAAUUCAGCUUGAAAAAAAGAUAAAGGAGUUACAGGCUCGUAACGAGGAGCUUGAAGAGGAACUGGAGUCUGAUCGGGCGUUCCGGGCCAAGCUGGAGAAACAGCAGGGCGAUGUGGCCCGGGAGCUGGAGGAGCUCAGCGAGAAGCUGGAGGAGGCAGGGGGUGCCACCUCCACCCAGAUCGAGGUGAACAAGAAGCGUGAGUUGGACUUCCUGAAGAUGCGUCGGGAUCUGGAGGAGGCCAUGCUGCACCACGAGACUACAGUCGCCGGGCUGAGGAAGAAACAUGCCGACAGCGUGGCCGAGCUGGGAGAACAGAUUGACAGUCUACAGCGUGUCAAACAGAAGCUGGAGAAGGAGAGGGCAGAGGCCAAGAUGGAGGUGGACGACCUUGUGUCUAAUGUGGAGCAGAUGUCGAAGAUCAAGGCCAACGCUGAGAAAAUGUGCCGGCUUUACGAGGACCAAAUGAACGAGGCCAAGGCCAGGGUGGAGGAGCUCCAGAGGCAGCUCAACGACACCAACGCUGAGAGAGGCCGCGCUCAGGCCGACAGUGCCGAGUUAGGCAGAAAGCUGGAGGAGAGGGACGCCCUAGUCACACAGCUGCAGCGCAGCAAGAACUCCUACAGUCAGAAUGCAGAAGAGCUCAAGAAACAACUGGAGGAAGAGAACAAGGCGAAGAAUGCCCUGGCCCAUGCCCUCCAGGCCGCCAGACACGACUGUGACCUGCUGAGGGAGCAGUAUGAGGAGGAGCAGGAGGCCAAGGCUGAGCUUCAGCGAGCCCUGUCCAAUGCCAACGCCGAGGUUGCCCGCUGGAGGACCAAGUAUGAGACUGAUGCCAUCCAGAAGACAGAAGAGCUGGAAGAGGCGAAGAAGAAGUUGGUGACACGUUUGCAGGAGGCUGAGGAGUCCGUAGAGGCGUCCAAUGCCAAGUGCUCCUCCCUGGAGAAGACCAAGCAUCGGCUACAGUCGGAGAUAGAGGACCUGGGGAUGGACCUACAGCGCUCCAGCGCUGCAGCUGCUGCCCUUGACAAGAAACAGCGCAACUUUGAUAAGGUGCUGGCUGAGUGGAGGCAGAAGUAUGAGGAGUGCCAGUGCGAUCUGGAGAGCUCUCAGAAGGAGUCCCGCAGCCUGAGCACAGAGCUGUUCAAGUUGAAGAACUCCUACGAGGAGGCCAUAGACCACCUGGAGACCACAAAGAGAGAGAACAAGAACCUCCUGGAGGAGAUUUCUGACCUUUCCGAUCAGAUCACCCAGGGAGGUAAGACCAUUCAUGAGCUGGAGAAGAUGAAAAAGGGACUGGACAUGGAAAAGAACGAGAUCCAGGCUGCUUUAGAGGAAGCUGAGGGUACUCUGGAGCAUGAGGAGAGUAAAUCUCUCCGCGUCCAGCUGGAGCUCAACCAGGUCAAGGCCGACAUUGAGCGGAAACUGGCGGAGAAGGACGAGGAACUCGACAACCUCCGCCGGAACCACCAGCGAGCCCUGGAGUCCAUGCAGGCCACCCUGGACUCAGAGUGCAAGUCACGGAACGAGGCGGUGCGUCUGAGGAAGAAGAUGGAGGGGGACAUGAAUGAGAUGGAAGUGCAGUUGAAUCACGCCAACAGGCAGGCUGCUGAUUCCCAGAAACAACUGCGCCACCUGCAGGUCCAGACCAAGGAGCUUCAGCUGGAAGUGGAUGAGGCCCUACACCAGAACGAGGAACUGAAGGAGCAGGCAGUGGUUACGGAGCGCAGGAACAACCUGCUGACCGCAGAGGUGGAAGAGCUCAGAGCCCUGCUGGAGCAGAACGAGCGCACGCGUAAACUGGCCGAGCAUGAGCUCCUGCAGACCACCGAGAGGGUCAACCUGUUGCACUCCCAGAACACAAGUCUUAUCAACCAGAAAAAGAAGCUGGAGAGUGACCUGUCUGUGGUGUCCACCGAGUUGGACGAGACUUCGCUUGAGUGCCGCAAUGCCGAGGAGAAAGCCAAGAAGGCCAUCACUGAUGCGGCCGUGAUGGCUGAGGAGUUAAAGAAGGAGCAGGACACCAGCUCUCACCUGGAGAGGAUGAAGAAGAACAUGGAGCAGACCGUCAAGGACCUGCAGAUGCGCCUGGACGAGGCUGAGCAGAUUGCCCUGAAGGGUGGGAAGAAGCAGAUCCAGAAACUGGAGAUUAAGGUGAGAGAGCUGGAGAAUGAGCUGGAGUCUGAGCAGAAGAAGAGCCACGAGUUCCAGAAGGGAGUCCGCAAGUAUGAGAGGAAGAUCAAGGAGCUCACCUACCAGACAGAGGAAGACCGGAAGAACCUGGCCCGUCUGCAGGACCUCAUAGACAAGCUGCAGACCAAGGUGAAGAACUACAAGAGGCAGGCUGAGGAAUCGGAAAAACAGGCCAACUCCAACCUGACCAAAUUCAGGAAGGUCCAGCAUGAGCUGAACGAUGCCGAAGAGAGGGCUGAGCUGGCAGAGUCCACGGUCAACAAACUCCGCGUUCGCACUCGGGACCAAGGGUCAAAGCUUGCAGAGUAAUCCAAAGAACUCCCCAACCAAAGAUAUUUGAGCCAGCCGGCUUCAACAGUUGUGGUGUGAC